UUAGAACACGGAAGUAGGAUUGGAAACGACUGUGUCAUAUACAGAAGGGGCUUUAGUUAUUAAUGUAUUUGUAUUGAAUUGCUUGCGUGGAGUAACGACUAAACUGAAGAUUGAAAAUGUCCAAACUACAGUUGCUGCGUGUGUUUUUAAAUGAGCGUUUAACAGCGGCUGCUGUGGAGAUUUUCGGGGCAGUUGAGAAAACGGUAGUGGAGUACCAGGAGGAGAAUGAUCGGCUACGGAGACUGCUGCGGAUCACACCAGAGAUACAACUGUGUAAAAUAGACUCCCUGCAGCGCUCUGUCUCUGUUUCUGAAGAGGAGGUUCCCCCUGAGCAGCAGCACUGUGAGCAGGAGUGGAGCCCCAGUCUGGGGCAGGAGGACCCAGAGCCCACACAUAUUAAAGAGGAGCAGGAGGAACUCAGGACCAGUCAGGAGGAAGAGCAGCUUCAAGGACUAGAGGCUGAUACCAUAGAGUUCAUAUUCACUCCUUCCUGUGUGAAAAGUGAAUGUGAUCAGGAGGACCCACUUCAGUCAUUGACUCUUCCCCAAACCCAGACUGUGGAGAACAGAGAGAGUGACUCUAAACCAGUGGAUCUCAAACCUUUUGGCACUGUGACCCACCUAAAGUGUCUUGACAUUCCCUGUGACCUGCCAUAUAAUGAAAACAAUGCCUCCCGCCUGAGCUCAGCCGUAAGCAGCGACCCAGUAGGACUUGACAGCAGCACACCAUUGGAACACUGUUCCAAACCCAGCACCACGUCUAGAAAAAAUCCCUGCCAUGAUUGUGGUGAAACGUUUCCUCUGAAAGCUGACCUGCAGAGGCACGUGACUCUCACCAAGAAGAGCCUCAGUGAAUGCCGCUUCUGCAAUAAACAAUACAAUUCCACCUGUAAACUGCAGGCCCAUAUCCAACUCUGUCACAUGGAGAAAUCCUGCACCUGCCCUGUUUGUGGCAAGACCAUCAAACACAAAGGAGAUCUGUCCAGGCACAUGAGUAUUCACACAGGAGAGAAACGAUUUAGCUGUGGUGACUGUGGGAAAAGCUUCAAUCAGAAGGGGCACCUGAACUUGCACAUACUGACUCACACAGGAGAGAAACCAUUUAACUGUGGUGACUGUGGGAAAAGCUUCUAUCAGAAGGGAGACCUAGGGAAUCAUAUACUGACUCACACACAAGAGAAACAAUUUAGUUGUGGUGACUGUGGGAAAAGCUUCUAUCAGAAGGGGCACCUUACAGAUCAUAUACGGACUCACACAGGAGAGAAACCAUUUAGCUGUGGUGACUGUGGGAAAAGCUUCAAUUUGAAGGGGAACCUAAGGAAGCAUAAACUGACUCACACAGGAGAGAAACCAUUUAGCUGUGGUGACUGUGGGAAAAGCUUCACUCAGAAGACAAACCUGCUGACGCAUGUGAAAAACGUCCACAAAGGAAGAAAACAGGAUGAAAACUGAAAGAACAUUAGAACAAAGAUUUUCUGUCAGGAGAUGGGAAUAACAAGGCAGGAUGUGGACAACACUCUUGGGAAAGGAGAGUAACUCUAGAUCAUUCAUGCUAUUGGUUUGAGAUAAAUAGAUGUGUGAUGGAUUUACUAUUUUAAAACAUUAUAUAUAAAUGAAGUUUGAUUUUUAUGAUGAAGUAAUGAUUAAACGUUACACUGUACUCUAGGAAGCUCACAGGUCUGCUGUUCAAAGUCUCUUGGAAUUCCUGGUUGUUUGUUUUAGAAUGUCUCUCAGGUGAUGAAAGAAUGGUCUGACUGACACCAUUGAUACAUUAAUACUGCUCAUUCAUGAUAUUGAUUUCGUAUUUUAUGGAGUAAUUAUACAGUAAACUCCUGAGAAUUGAUUAUCCAAGAUAAUAUGUAGUUAUCGAUUCCCUUUACUACUGGUCUGUAGGUUGCCUUGUUUAGUAUUAAACUCCCAUCCAGCUGGCGGCGCUGUUGUGCGUUUUUGGGCUCGCCACUCUCUAGAACAGCAG